CACACAGAAGACAACAUUUAACUAGAUGUAAUUCAGCUCUUGUAAUAUAAAUAUACUCACAUAGUCACAAUACACCCAAAAUCCAUACACACUUGUGUUAUUAAGAGAGAAAGUUUCAUUCAAGUACCUCAUAAACAUGCAUUCAGAGUCAGUGAAGUCAAGUCAAUCUCCCCCUGCUGAAGGUGAGAAGCACAAGAACCUGGAUAGAGAAAUCAGGGAGAUGGUAUCUGCCAUCACUCACCGUGUCACUGGUUUUCAUAAACCCGGCUCCAGCCAUCAUUUGGACAAUGAGGAUGAACAGGGCACUAGGAUCAUCACCCUAGCAGGAAACAAUGAAGGAGCUACUCUGCGGAGCGAAUUGGAUGCAAAAUCAGGUAAAUAUUCUUCUCAUGAUGAGGCUGAAGCAUUGAGCACUUAUGUUAACAGCAACUUCCAGGCCAUCAACAAUUCCAUCAUGCUGGGUGGUAGUUACCAUGCCAAUGAUCCUGGUGUGCACAUGGAUAUUUCAGAUUUCACCGAGCCUCCUCAAAAUCAGCAAAAGGCUGAGAAGCAUGGCAAGAAGGAAAAGAAGGACAAGAAGAAAGGGAAAGAAGGUUCCAAAAGUGAACAUUCUGAUUAAUAAAGCUCUAUAAAGAUUAUGAUCAAACCUAUAUAUGAUGGAGUGUAUAAGAAGAAUAAAUGCAAUCUACACCGUUUUGGGACUAGAACUUGUGUCCACUGUUGACCACUGGUUAAUGUAUGCUUGAAAUAACCAUGUUUUCCUAAUGAUUAUUUUUUAUUUUAUUCUUGUGCUUGUUAUUCGCUUGUUUGUGGUUUAUUAAUCAUCAAGAGGACAGGAAAGUUACCAUUUCCAUGCUAAGAAA